GCCGGGCUCUCACCGCUGAGGUCUGCAACAACAAGCUGAACAACAUAGUGCUCGAGAAUCUGUGUCCGAAGUGGAUCGGCAGAGUUCUCCAAAAGUCGUCUCUCGAGGCCUGCGUCUUUGGCUCUCACUGCACAUCACCAUGGCCACCGCCAUCACUAUGGCCACCGGCACCACUAUGGCCACCGACAUCUCGCCCGUCGCGCUCGCGACCGCUGCCCUUGGACUCGUCAUCGCGCUCCUGGUGCUCAAGCGCAUCGUUCCUCCGGCGGCGGUCCGCGUCCUCCCUGGACCAGAUCAAGCCCACUGGCUGUAUGGCCACGAGUGGGACGUCUAUCGUCACCCGGCCGGGCGACUAUGGAACGCCUGGUCGAGGUCGUACGGUGCUGUGUUCAGAUACCGAAACGCCUUCUUCAACGGGUGGACCAUCGCCGUGGCCGACCCAGCAGCUGCCCGGGCCAUCCUGCAAAACGACGGUGUGGCCUUCCACAAGCCGCCGUUCAACCGCGCGACCAACGAGCGCCUGCUGGGCCGUGGGGUCAUUUGGGCGGAAGGCCAAGAUCACCGGCAUCAGCGCCGCCUUCUCAGUCCGGCGUUCAGCAACUCAUCGAUCAAGGCUGUUUCUGGCGCGUUCUACCGCACCGCAGAGGAUAUCAAGGACGCGUGGCACGCCCUCCUCGACGGCACGGGUGACGAUGUGGUCAACGUGGCCGAGUUCAUGUCGUCCGCGGCACUCGAUGUCAUUGGCGCCGCUGGGUUCGAGCACGACUUCAAGGCCGUCCGCUCUGCCACGGCUGAAGCCCGCUCCGUGACUGACGGGUUGGCGGCUGCCCUCGGCGCUCCGCCGAGCUUCAAGAUCUUCGCUUCCCUCACACUUGCGAAAGCCUUUCCGACCAUCUUUAACCACGCACCGUUAAAGGCGAUCCGCAACCAGCGGGCGUCCAAGGCCGCGAUUGACAAGGUCGCAAGAGGCGUGCUGUCGCGGGUUGAGGCGCAGGGUGCCAGUGAGGGCAAGAGCGUGCUGUCCAUCCUUCUCGCCGAGCGAGCGAAGGGGUCUGGCCUCGACGACAGGCAGAUCCUUGACAAUAUUUCAACCAUGAUCACGGCGGGUCAUGAGACCACCGGCAUCACCCUCUCAUUUGUACUGUACGAGCUCGCACGACACCCAGACAUCCAGGCUCGCGUGCGCGCCGAGCUAGUAACACACUCGCCGACCCUUGAGCAGCUACAGGACGGUGCCGCGCCGCUCCUCGACGCCGUGAUCAAGGAGAUCUUGCGCCUGUACCCCGCCAACAUCCGCAUCAUCCGGCGUGCAGAGCGGGACACGGCGGUGCCACUCGCCUUUCCCCUGCAAACUUCCAAGGGCACACUCAACUCCAUCGUCAUACCAGGCAACACGGACGUCGUUCUCCCCAUCACAGCCAUCAACCGCCUCGAGUCGUGCUGGGGGGCCGACGCAGAUGCCUUCCGCCCCGACCGCUGGCUCGAUGACGGCAGCAUUCCCGAGGCGGUGAAGCACCUCCCCGGAGGAUACGACCACAUCUUCACCUUCAUCUCUGGCCCGCGAGCGUGCCUCGGCAUGCGGUUCGCCCUUGCCGAGAUGCGUGUGAUCCUCUCCACGCUUCUGACCAACUUCUCCUUUACGCCCGACAGCGAGAGGCCGUUGGAUAUUGUGUCGCCGACGCAGAUCAUGCUGCGUGCGCAGGAUGCUGAGAGGGGAGUGUAUGGCGUGCCGCUUGUGAUCAGGCGUUUGGAUUAG